GGCCGGCAAGAUGCCCUCACAUCAGGCAGCUGGCCUCUCCCCAGCCAGGGGCAGCCCCACCCUAAGAGCAAUGGAGCCCAAGGACCAGCAGCUCAUGGUGGCACUUCGGAUCCGUCCACUCAACAGUACAGAACUAGAAGAAGGGGCUACUGUCAUUGCUCACAAAGUGGGGGACCAGGUGGUGGCGCUCAUGGACCCCGGCGAGGACCCUGAGGACCCCCUGCGCCCGCACCGCUCUCGGGAGUGCACCUUCAUCUUUGACACUGUUUUCGACCAGCAUGCAUCCCAGGAGGAUGUAUACCAGGCCACCAUCGGGCCCCUGGUGGAAGGCAUCAUUUCUGGAUACAACACCACGGUGUUUGCCUAUGGACCUUCAGGUGCGGGGAAGACCCAUACUAUGCUGGGCAUGGACUCCGAGCCUGGCAUCUACCUGAAGACCCUCACCGACCUCUUCAAGGCCAUCAAGGAGACCCAGGACAACACGGAGUACAGUGUGUCCAUGUCUUACCUGGAGAUUUAUAAUGAGGUGAUCCGGGACCUGCUGAAUCCAUCUUCUGGGUUUCUGGACCUCAGGGAGGAUUCGAGAGGCAGCAUCCAGAUCGCGGGGAUCACAGAGGUGUCCACCUCCAAUGCCCAGGAGAUCAUGCAACUGCUCACCAAAGGCAACCGGCAACGGACGCAGGAGCCCACUGCUACCAACAAGACGUCGUCCCGCUCCCAUGCGGUGCUGCAGGUCACCGUGCACCAGCGGAGCAGGGCAGCUGACCUGGCAGAAGAAGUGCGGGUGGGGAGGCUGUUCAUGGUAGACCUGGCCGGCUCGGAGCGCGCAGCCCAGACCCAGAACCGAGGCAAAAGGAUGAAGGAGGGCGCGCACAUCAACCGCUCACUGCUGGCACUGGGCAACUGCAUCAAUGCACUCAGCGAGAAGGGUGGCAGCCGUGCUCAGUAUGUGAACUUCCGUGACAGUAAGCUCACGCGCCUGCUGAAGGACGCCCUGGGAGGGAACAGUCGCACAGUGAUGAUAGCACACAUCAGUCCUGCCAGCUCCAGCUUCGAGGAGUCAAGGACCACACUGCUCUACGCCUACCGGGCCAAGAACAUCAAGACGAGGGUCAAGCGCAACCUUCUGAAUGUCUCCUACCGCAUCGCGCAGUACACGGACGUCAUCUCUGACCUGCGCAGGGAGAUCGAGCACCUCAAGUCAAAAAUCGAGAAGCAAGAUAAGGAAAAGAAGAGAGAGCCUGGUGGCCCUGGUGUGCAAGUCACCGUCACCUCGCAUGAUGCCGAGGAGGAGAGCCGGCUGCAGGUGGACAAGAUCCGGGCGCAGCUCAUUGGGGCAUUCAGGGAGCAGAUGGAGAUGCGGCGCAGCCUGGUGGAGCUGGAGAACACCAACAUUGAGCUACACGUGGACAUGUCCCGCCACCUGCUGACCCUCGCCGACUGGGAGCGGGAGAAGUCCCAGCAGCAGGUGCACAAGGACAGGGGCGAGCCCAUCAAGGAUGAGGAGCCGGUGGACACAGACGGGGACGACGGAGAGUCAGCGGAGCCACACGAGGUGGCUCUGGCCAGAGAGGAGGUCAACCUGCUUUUAGCUGAGCAGAGGAAAAUGGCAGCCCUGAAGGCUGGGCUGGAGCAGCGUCUGGCACAUGCCAAGCAGAAGGCAUCGCAGAUGGAGCAACUGCUGCCGGAGCAGGUGACCAGCCAGGCCCAGCGGGAGGUGCUCCAGCUGCUGUGCCGGGCCCACGAGCUGGAGGUGGAGAACACGGAGCUGCAGGCCACCAACCUGUGCUGGAGGAACCUGCUGGGCCAGAAGGACUUCGUGAUCCAGCACUACCACCAGCACCGGCUGCUCUGCCAGCAGCUCAUCCAGGGCCAGCGGCAGCUGCUGCAAGACAGCGGCAUCCCGGUACCAGAACCCCUGGAGCAGCGCUACCGGCUGUACUCCCAGGAGCUGGGCGAGGGCACACUGGAGCGCCUGCUGCUGCUGCACUCGGUGAUGGCCAGCUCGCUCCGGGAUGGCUCCAUUCUGAAUUUAUCUACCCUGCUGCCAGAGGACUCCAGCCAAGAGCAGCCAGAGGACAGGAAGGACCUCCUGUGGGGCGCCCCAUUUGAACUGUCACCCAUGCUCCUGGAGAGAGACAGUGACAGUCACAAGCCGUCAAAAGCCACACCGCUGAGGAUGCUGGGAAAGCAGGACUCGCUGCUGCCCCCGCCAGCCCUCCGAGUCCUGCUGACUCCGCCUGUGCUCGAGACUCCAGGCCCCCUGAGCAUGAAGAGUCUGGUCUCCAGGCUGCACCCCACCACCAGCCUGGAGCUGAGCCCCCCGCGGCCGCUGAGCGCCCAGGCCCUCCAGGAGAUGGCCCUGGGGACCAAGAGCAUUGCCCUCAUCGCAGCCAGCCGGCGCUGCAAGGCUCACGACCAGGACAGCAGUGGCAGCCGCUCCUCCCGCCACCAGCCAGAGGAGGCCACCUCGGACUCCAGGGAUCCAAAGCCCCGCGCCACACCGGACAGCAGCCCCGCACACAGGAGGUGGCCCCAGGCCAGCCCAAGCAGGGACCGCUCUGUGGAGAGGAAGGCCAGGAGAAAGCGGUCACCUUCUCUCACGUGGCCGGUGCAGCCGGUAACAGAGAAAGCCCAGGCACCCUGCGGGGAGCAUACAGCCGAGAGCCAGCUGUCCCCAGCCCACCUGCAGCCGUCCAAGUCACCAGGGAAGAGCUUCUUCCCCGCCGUCCCCUCGGCCUUGAAGAUGAAGCCAGGCCUCAGUGCCCACUCAGAUGAGAACACGCUGCAGGUGCCCGAGGUCAGCUUCACCUUCCCCAGCGCCAUGUGGCAGGGCAGCGCCGUCCCCAGCAGGCCGCCCCUCCUGCCCCGAGACAUCCGAGGGUCCACCGAUGGCAGAGGCCGAUGCCACAGCCCUCUGCCUCCCAGCAACCCCCACCGGCUCCAGAGUGGCAGUGCCAAGAGGCGGCGACGCCCCAGGUAGAAGAUGGAGGUGGGCAGAGCAGCCGCCAGCCCCACGCUGCCCUUCCGACACUGCUGGCAUCACUGCACUUUCUCUGGAGGCCCAGGGCGCUGACCACAAGCAAAGGAUACCACAACUCUGCCUUCGGGCUCAACCGGGCUGCAGAGGCUCCUGGGAAUGGCUGGGUGGCUGCUAGAUGGAGAAUGACCGUGUCCCUCCUCAUAAACUGUAUCCAUCCUGCAGCACAGCCCU